AAGAGGGUUCAGUAACUCUAUGGGCUACAAGUGAAAUUUCCAAGAGGUCUUCAGAGCAUUUCUACAUAAAGCAAAUCACAGUGAUCCAUAUAUGGGUAACAACAAAUCCAGAGGCAGAGCCCAAGCUUUGUACGGGCCUGCGGAUUCCUGCCAAGGACGGUGUAAUGAAAAAUAUGACAAGAAAGAUGAGUGCCACUGUGAUGAUAAAUGUGAACAAAAGCAGAACUGUUGCGGAGAUUACCACAUCCACUGCAGAACAGGUACUACAGAUGGCAAAGAAAAGGAAGGAUUCUCAUACAGAGACAAUACUAUAACUGAUGAAGAACUACAAGUGGUAUCAGAGAAGAUUUAUCAUUGUGACCGCAACAGAGCAGCGGAGUCUGACAUUGUCCUGAAUAAGCAAUACUUCACUUCCAAAACAAGUGGGCAGGAAGAUAAUUCUCCAGAGAAGCUCUUCAGCUAUGUCAACCAUAAGAAACUCUUCUCAAGGCCAUCUUAUGCCAGCUUCAUCAAGCUAUUGGAUAAUUAUAAUGCACAUGUUGGGACACAGGAGAAAUUCACCCAAGAGCAGAUGAAGGAACAGGACAAUUUCCUCCAGGAGAUCAUGAAGACUGAGGUCAUGAAAGAGCUAUAUACAUUUCUUCACAGCAAACAUCGUUAUGACACAGAAGCAGAGUUUGUUGCCGAUCUUAAAAAUAUGUGGUUUGGCCUUUAUUCCAGAGGCAAGGAUGAGGAGGGUGACUCCAGUGGCUUUGAACAUGUCUUUCUAGUGGACCUCAUAUCCAGAUGUGUUGGGAAUACAAUUCAACUUUGAUGGAUUUUACAAAGAGGUUGGAAGUGCUUUUAUUGGAAGCAGUCCCGAAUUCGAAUUUGGACUCUAUUCCCUGUGUUUCAUUGCUCGGCCUUCAAGAGUGUGUCAUCUGAAAAUUGGAGGCAAGAAUCUGGAUAUCCAAACAUAUGCUUGGGAUAAAUCCACUUAUGGCAAUGGCAAAAGGUAUAUUGCCACAGCUUAUGUGGCUACCCCAUGAGGUUGCAAGAUUUAAAAAAAAACAACCUGAAAGACCCAGAAACAAUCCACAGAACAGCCAAUGUUAAUUUCUCUUCAUGCCAUUUCACAACUGCUGUAUAUUGUAUGUGUUCUUUUAAUGUUGUACUAGUGAUAUCUGGAAGGGAUCAUAGUGAGAAGAGAUUAUAAAUCGACAAGUCUUUGGCAGACUGUAAGGUCAGCUGGAAGGCAUAGGUGCCAAGUAACUUUUUUUCCGCAGAUGACACACAUUUCACCUAAAGUAAAAACAGAAUGGAAAAUGAAAUAAUGUUUGAUUUUUAAAAAAUGAACAAUGGAGAGCAUCAGGUUCUGAACAUUUCUAAAAUUACUUGCCAUUGUCUUUUUCUUGAAAUAAGCCUGCUUUUUAUUUAGGCAAAAAAGAAUGAAGAAACUUUGCAAUAAGUUGAGUGUUUAUGUGUGUGUGUGUGCGUGUGCAUGUGUGUGCAUGUG